AGCCAUUGCUGUCUCCAUAUUCUUUUCAAACCCCUUCAUAUACACACUCUCUUACAUCUCACUUCGCGAAGCAUUCGUAAUUCUUUUCCAACAAUGGUUGCAAUUGCUGCUCAAAGGGUGAAAGAAACGGAAAUUUCAGAGCAGGACUCCUUGCUACUGACAAGAAAUCUUCUUCGCAUUGCUAUUUUUAACAUUAGCUACAUUAGAGGACUUUUUCCUGAGAAGUAUUUUAAUGACAAGUCUGUACCGGCUCUAGAAAUGAAAAUAAAGAAAUUGAUGCCUAUGGAUGCUGAAUCGCGGAGGCUUAUUGACUGGAUGGAAAAAGGGGUUUAUGAUGCACUGGAAAAGAAAUACCUGAAAACGCUCUUAUUUUGCGUUUGUGAGAAAGAAGACGGUCCGAUGCUUGAAGAAUAUGCCUUUGCUUUUAGCUAUGGCAGCUCUUGUUCAGAAGAGGUGUCAAUGAACAUAAACAGGAGCGGGAAUAAAAAGCAAGGGACAACUUUCAAGUCCAAUUCAGUUGAUUUAACUCCAAACCAGAUGAGGAGCUCCGCCUGUAAGAUGGUUCGUACGCUUGUCCAACUCAUGAGGACUCUCGAUCGUAUGCCUGAGGAGCGCACAAUACUGAUGAAACUCUUCUACUACGACGACGUUACGCCUCCAGACUACGAGCCUCCUUUUUUCAGAUGUUGCGGUGAAGGUGAUGACAAUUCCUGGUCUCGAACUCCUUUGAAGAUGAAGAUUGGAGACGUGAACAGCAAACAUUUCAUGAUCGCUUUAAAGGUAAAAAGCGUGCUUGACCCCUGCGAAGAUGAAAAUGAAGAAGGGGACGAGGGUAGUAUGGACUCCAGAUCCAAUGAGAUGAGGGACGAUGACGCCUCUGAAUCGUCUAUGGACUCUCAUGACUCAGAAGAAAAAUCCCCUGGGAAGAAAAACGCUCCUGCAAUAAUCGAAAUUGGAAAGUCCAAGAGCGCAUCCGUGAAGGAUCAUCAUAUGCAAGAUAGUGAUGCGGACACCGAAGAUUGUGAACAGGAAGCUCAGAAUCUAGCCCGAGUGAAGGAAUGGAUCCUUUCAAGACACAUCGAAACACUGGAUCUAUCGGAUGUAUUGUCUAAUUUCCCGGAUAUUUCAGUGGUGUCGACAGAGGAUAUCAUACAGAGUCUCGUGAAAGAAGGUAUAGUGACAAAGCAAGGAAAAGAUCUGUACAGAAUUAACAAAGUGAAGGAAAAUGACAUUGAAAUUGCCAGCAAAGAUGAUCCCUAUUUCCUUGACGAAACGAAAAAUGAAAAACCUGACUCUGCCGUGAGCGAGGACGACUCUAUGUACAUAAAGGUCUUGUAUCAUGCGCUUCCGAUGGAUUACGUCACACUUGGAAAGCUCCAAAGCAAAUUUGAUGGUCAGGUGAACCAAUCAAAUCUCCGUAAAUUCAUUGACAGGAUGGCAAGUGAUGGGUUCAUUGAGGGCAGAGUUCAAAACAGAAGACUAGGCAAACGCGUGAUUAAAUCGGAGAUGACAAUGAAGAAGCUACUCGACUUAAAGAAAUCAUUUGAAAUAGAGCAGGAAAUGCAAGCAAAGGGUGUAUCUGAAAAGUUAAUUAAUCCAGAAACUCCAGCUGCGGAUAAAGAUAGCUCAACCUUUGCGCGAUUUCAUACAGUGGGAUCGGAUGCAACUCGUCAUGGACAGUCACCUGCUGAGAAUGGUUCAUUUCGUAGCGGCCAAACAAUUUCCAAAGCAGGGUCCUUCAAGAAACCAGCUUCGCCUGCAUCUAAAUUAGACAUGGCCAAACCAGCAACGUCCAGGGAAAGCACUAAAGCGGGAAAGGAAUUUUCAAGACCAAAAGUGGAUUCUGUCACUACUGAUUUUGGCAAUGUAUCUGUUAAAUGUAGCCAAAACUCCCUGGAUAGCAAUUUCCAAGGCAUGCGCACUCGAAAAUCUAGUACGGUGAAGGAACCCAUUUAUCACUACGCAAAACGUCUCAAGGUCUAAUUGUAAAGCUUCAUGUCCAUCGAACGUACUCUUACAGGCUAAUAAACAGCCGGCAAGAGACCAAAAAAUCAGAGAUUUUGUUUACGUCUCUUAUUUUCUACCUUUUAUGAAGCUCUUUGUUGAAAUCAAGUAAAGAACUUACUUCGCUUUGUUUAUGCAUGUGUUUCUUUGUUUUGGUUGCCAAGGCACAGAGAGAUAUUCAUAGACAGAAAUCAAAAUCAAUUGUACUUCAUAUCAUAAAUAGACUGUUAUACAACAUUUUUGGAUUUUUUA